CUUGAGACUAUCCGUCAUUCAACCAGUUUAUAUAUUUGUAGUAAUAUUCAUUACCAUAAAAUUAUUAUAUUCAAUGAGAGAAGCACUAUUUUUAUUUUGACAAGACAAGCAACAUUUAAAAGAGAUAACCUAUUUUUUAAGUGGAACUCUCCUUGAUCUCUUCAGUCCAUCAUUUUUAUUCGAAUUCUAUUUAUUGUUAUCUAUUUUUGCUGAUAAUAAAUGCAAAAUGUGAAAAGGUUAUUGAAUUCUCUAUUAUGUUGUAUUAUGUGCUAAUAUCAUUACAGUAAUAUCUGAAGUGUGAAGAGAAAGAUGAUUCUACCCAUCAUAAUUUUAGUGAUAGUUUUAUUAGUCAUCCUUAAAUAUGUGUUCAGGGAUAUCGAAGAGUCGGAGAAAAAUUUCCAGAAGAUACCUGGUCCGAAAGGAGUUCCAUUUUUGGGAAAUAUUCAAGAUUUAUUCUGCAAUGAUGAGGUCAGAUGGAAUAGAUUAAGGGCUAGAGCUCUCAAAUAUUAUCCCAUAUUCAAAAUGAAGGUUCUCAAUCAGAAGUUGGUACAUUUAUUUGAUCCAUCAGACAUAGAGGUCAUUUUAAGUAAUCCCAAAUAUAUUUCGAAAGGAAAAUUUUAUGAACCAACCAGAUAUUGGUUGGGAGAUGGAUUAUUAGUAUCUGCAGGGGAGAAGUGGAAGAAAAACAGAAGAUUACUUACAAAAAGUUUCCAUUUUGGUGUUCUGAAAAAUUACAUGCAUAUCUUCAAUGAACAAUUGGAAAAUUUGAAGAGUUCCUUGAAUUCGAACAAUGGAGAACCUACUGAACUCAUUUCUGUAAUGAAAUACCACUCUUUGAAUAUAAUUUGCACAACUUUAGCUGGAGAUCAAUCUGGUAUAGAAAAAACAUCAAAGAAGUUCUUGAGUUCUUUAGAAACUCUAACCAAGAUGGUUUAUAUAAAAAUGACUGUACCACUAAUGAAUUUCCUGUACAAGUUCACAUACUUGCUCAAAGAAGAGACAGAAGCCAUGAAGAGUUACAAAGACUUCGCACGUGCUCUCAUUGCAAAAAAUUGCGACUCGAAUAAUGUAGACGACGAUACCGACCUUCCAAGGUUAUUGAAAAUACUUUCACAAAAUUGUGAUUCUCAGGGUGUGGAAGAGCAAAUGAAUACCUUUUUAUUUGCUGGACAAGAUACAACAACAACAUCGUUAACUUUCUUCCUUUACGUACUAGCGAACAAGCCAGAUUUACAGGUGAGUUUAGAAAUUGAGUUUGUGAAGAGAAAGAUGAUUCUACCCAUCAUAAUUUUAGUGAUAGUUUUAUUAGUCAUCCUUAAAUAUGUGUUCAGGGAUAUCGAAGAGUCGGAGAAAAAUUUCCAGAAGAUACCUGGUCCGAAAGGAGUUCCAUUUUUGGGAAAUAUUCAAGAUUUAUUCUGCAAUGAUGAGGUCAGAUGGAAUAGAUUAAGGGCUAGAGCUCUCAAAUAUUAUCCCAUAUUCAAAAUGAAGGUUCUCAAUCAGAAGUUGGUACAUUUAUUUGAUCCAUCAGACAUAGAGGUCAUUUUAAGUAAUCCCAAAUAUAUUUCGAAAGGAAAAUUUUAUGAACCAACCAGAUAUUGGUUGGGAGAUGGAUUAUUAGUAUCUGCAGGGGAGAAGUGGAAGAAAAACAGAAGAUUACUUACAAAAAGUUUCCAUUUUGGUGUUCUGAAAAAUUACAUGCAUAUCUUCAAUGAACAAUUGGAAAAUUUGAAGAGUUCCUUGAAUUCGAACAAUGGAGAACCUACUGAACUCAUUUCUGUAAUGAAAUACCACUCUUUGAAUAUAAUUUGCACAACUUUAGCUGGAGAUCAAUCUGGUAUAGAAAAAACAUCAAAGAAGUUCUUGAGUUCUUUAGAAACUCUAACCAAGAUGGUUUAUAUAAAAAUGACUGUACCACUAAUGAAUUUCCUGUACAAGUUCACAUACUUGCUCAAAGAAGAGACAGAAGCCAUGAAGAGUUACAAAGACUUCGCACGUGCUCUCAUUGCAAAAAAUUGCGACUCGAAUAAUGUAGACGACGAUACCGACCUUCCAAGGUUAUUGAAAAUACUUUCACAAAAUUGUGAUUCUCAGGGUGUGGAAGAGCAAAUGAAUACCUUUUUAUUUGCUGGACAAGAUACAACAACAACAUCGUUAACUUUUUUUCUUUACGUACUAGCGAACAAGCCAGAUUUACAGGAUGAAAUUCUCAAUGAAAUCCUGGCUAUAAGCGUGAAUGAAAAUCCUACCUAUGGAGAAAUAACACAAAUGGGUCUUCUAGAUCGAUUUAUCAAGGAGUGCUUGAGAAUGUAUCCACCUGCUCCUUUCAUUGGUAGAACCAUAAAUGAAGAUGUAGGUCUUCCAAGUGGUUAUAAAAUACCAGCAGGAACCUUUAUUUUCAUGAAUAUCUUUGAUAUACAUAGACACCCGAAACUGUACCCUAACCCAGAAAAUUUCGACCUGAAUAGAUUUUCUCCGGAAAAUUGUAGAAAAAGACAUCCAUUUUCAUUCAUACCCUUCAGCGCUGGUCCUAGGAAUUGCAUUGCCCAGAAGUUUGCCAUUCUAGGAAUAAAAACCAUUAUAUGCGGAAUUCUGAAGAACUUCAAACUUGAACCAAUUGGAUCACUCGAAGAUAUGAUCUUUAUUCCUGAUAUUCUGUUGAAGACCAAACAUCCCUUGAAGGUUAAGUUUAUACCUAGAGAGUCAUUAUAGUGAAGUGUUCAUAAAUUAUAUUAGCUAUCUUUAAUGCAAUUAAUCUUUUUCUAUGCGUGUUUGAUAUUCUUUAUGAAUUAGUGAUUUCAUUUCUAAGGGGAAGCUGAAGAAUAACAUUUUCUGAUCUAAUUUAUAUUCUUCAACAAUAAAAUCUGGAAGAAAAAUCAAAACAUAUAAACUUGAAUCUUGAUGUCAAAUUUUUACAUUAUAUACAGUUGAAUAUAUAUAUUUAUUUUUUCUCUCAAACGAA